AUGGGUGGAGUUCGGGCAGCCAAAUAUAUCUGCAAUGCAAAGCCCAAAGAUCUACCUUUGGAGCCAAUUUGCAUCUACCGCAGCCCGGAUUCUAAAACACAACCAACUGAAAAACCAGAGAAGAUCCCAGCUGGCAUCAACCCUCGAGUGUGGGAACUGUCCAAAGCCAACAGCCACUUCGCCCUCAUGUUUUUCAAGCAGCUUGCUGAGGGAAAGUCCAACGAUGAAAACAUCUUUCUGUCGCCAAUAAGUAUCUCAACAGCUUUCGCCAUGACGAAGCUAAGGGCUUGUAACACCACACUGGAGCAGCUCAUGAAAGUUAUUCAGUUCAAUACAAUAAAGGAGAAGACCUCAGACCAGGUCCAUCUCUUCUUCGCCAAGCUGAACUGUCGACUAUACUGCAAAAAGCAUGAGACAACAGAUUUGAUCUCUUGUUUGGAGAAAAUCUAUGCAUUUUAAUGAGUCCUACCAGCACAUCAGUGAGAUGGUCUAUGGAGCCAAGUUGCUGCCUCUCUCGAUUUUAAGGUUACAUUAUAAGUGUCUAAAUGUAGCACAUCUGAUCUUUGACACUGUACUAAACA